AUGAAGUCAACAUCCAGUGCCAUUUGGUGGAUAAAGAGUCCAAAGAAAACAUCGAAAAGGGCUAUAAAAAAGCGAAAGCAAUCAGUUGGCGCCAGAUUCAGCAAUGACAUGACGGAUCUAUUUCGCAACAUAUCGAUGCAUGCGUAUGGUAAAUUGGUCGACAGCACAUUGAACGUGUGGGAGAAAUUAAUAUGGUUGGCCGUGCAUUUAACAACAAUGUUCACGCUGUUUACGAUUCUGUCACUGAUAUGGGAACAAUUUGUCGCUCAGUACAUUGUCAUCAACCUAUCCAAUCCACUGUAUCCCAUUGAAUACGUGCCAUUUCCAUCAAUUUCCAUCUGCUCGAACAAUAGAAUUUCAAGGCAAGCGGCAUUGGCGUAUGCAAAGCAGCUGAGUGAAAAGGAUUUUCAAGGCCGAAGCGUUGAUUUUUUCAUGGAACAUUUAAGGUUCUUCAUUCAGUUUUAUCAGAAAAUUGAUUUGGAUGUCGAUGCUGAGGAAUUCUCUAAUUUUCAAGCGUUGUUGGACAAAUACGAUAUAUAUGAAAAUGAUACUUUCUAUGAUACACGGAGGGUUGCGGAAAUGCUCACGCCAUCAUGUGAGAGUCUCAUUCGCAAUUGCAAGCUAUCAGGUGUCGAAGUCGAAUGCUUCAGCCGUAAGACAUUUCAGAAAAGUUUGACGACUUAUGGAUUUUGUUGUACCUUCAAUACAGGAAACUUUUACAACAAUCGUAAAAUGCGUGAUCAAUUCGUCAGUACCGAACUUGGUUUGACGGUCGUUUUGAAUACCAGUCAUAAAGACGAUUUUAUGUCCUUAAUGAAUAUAGAUGGUUACAUUGUCAUCGUCCAUGAUUCUGAUAUCUUUGCCGACACAACAUCGGGUGAGUCACACGAGCUAUUUAUAACGUAUGGCGAAGAGUCCUUUCUGGCGUUGAAUGCUCUUUUGGUUUACACAGAGCCCAAUUUGAGUUCAUUUAGUCCGCAUACACGUAAAUGUUAUUUCGAAGAUGAAUUUUCCCUAUAUCCUACGAGUCUUCAAUGGAAUUAUAGUUUCUCUAAUUGUGUAACACGCUGCCGAAUUCGUAGUAUUUUGUCGUUGUGUAGUUGUAUACCCUUUUACAUGGAUACCAGAUUGGUGUCGGAUAGAGAUGGCGUCAUUUAUUGUACCCUGCAACAUGUGCCUUGCCUGCUCAGCUAUAAAUUUAAAUGGAACAAUGUGCUUACACACCGCGAGUUUGUGCCUGGUUUACAACGUGCUUACGAAGAAGCUCUGUACUGUCCGGAAUGCCUGCCAGCUUGCAAUGAUAUACAAUAUGGUGUAUCCUUUAUGGCAUUGCCUAUAGAUCGAUUCUUAGCUACCACUACAAAAGAUGAAUUGGAUAAGGUCGCUCUCGAUUUGGAGGAGAUGUCAGUGUUGCGUAUCCAUUUUGAUGAGCCAUAUGCCAAGUAUUAUAAGCGUGUGGUGGGUAAUACCUGGUAUGAAGCAUUGUGCACAAUCGGCAAUGUAACCUCAAUAUUUCUAGGCUUCUCUAUUGUUGCAGGCUUUGAGAUUGGCUUCUUUACAACAAAAUACGUAAUACUUGCCAUCAGAUCAGCUAUAAGCCAAAAGCAUAAAGAAGACAAAAAGAAAGACGAGAUACAACUCUAUAUAUGUCCUUAA